UUUUAACCAGUACUAUUUGCAUAAUUUGGUUUGGUUAAUUUGGAUAAUUGGUUUGGUUUGGUUAAAGUUUUUAGCUUGUUUGGUUUAGGUGGUUCGGUUUGGUUUCAGAUACUCUUAACCAAUCAAACCAAAUUAACCAGUUAAGUAAUUAGUCAUAUAUCUCACGUAUAUUAUAUACACAUACUUAAUACUUUGCAUAACCACUCAAGAGUUAACGUUCAUCCCUUUUAGACUCAUAAAAUAUAAAGCUCAAUAUUGCUCAUAUAGUGUAUAUUUGUAUAUGUAAAGUGUAGACCACAACAUAUGGAUGCUGAAUUUAGAUAAAUUCAUAAAAAAUUGCCCGAAAAUCUGUGAUGGUACCCCUUUAGAAUAUGCAAAAAAAUUGACCUGGAAUAAAUCCGCCCAAAUCGGUGCUAAAUGCACUUAAUCAUCGUUGAAGAAUAUCCUCAGACUGAAUCCGUGAUCUGUAGCCUUCAAAAUCCAGAGAAAAUAGCCUUUCGUCGCCCAAAAAAUUACAAAAUGCCAUCCGAAAAUAAUUUGGCCCAAAUCGGUGCUUAAUGCACUUAUCAUCCGUGGAGAAUAGGAUCAAUAGACUUCAUUAUAGGUGGAGAAUAGCAUUGGCCUGAUUCCGUGAUCUGUAGCCUCCAGAAUCGAAAGAAAAUGGCAUUUUGAAAAAAUUGCCCGAAAUCUGUGAUGGUACCCCUUUAGAAUAUGCCAAAAAUUGACCCGAAAUAAAUCCGCCCAAAUCGGUGCUAAAUGCACUUAAUCAUCGUUAAAGAAUAUCCUCAGGCUGAAUCCGUGAUCUGUAGCCUUCAAAAUCCAAAGAAAAUGGUCUUUCGUCGCCCAAAAAUUACGAAAAUGUCAUCGAAAAUAAAUUGGCCCAAAUCGGUGUUAAUCUACUUAUCAUCCGUGGAGAAUAGGAUCAAUAGACUUCAUUAUCGGUGGAGAAUAGCCUAGACCUGAAUCCGUGAUCAACAGCCUCUAUAAUCAAAAGAAAAUAGCAUUUCGGAAAAAUCGCUCGAAAUUUGUGAUGGUACCCCUUUGGAAUCUGCCAAAAAUUGACCCGGAAUAAAUCCUCCCAAAUCGGUGCUUAAUGGACCUAAUCAUCGUUGAAGAAUAGCCUCAGACAGAAUCCGUGAUCUGUAGCCUUCAAAAUCCAAAGAAAAUGUCCUUUCGUAGUCCAAAAAAGUACGAAAAUGUCAUCCGAAAAUAAAUUGGCCUAAAUCGGUGCUUAAUGCACUUAUCAUCCGUGGAGAAUAGGAUCAAUAGAUUUCAUUAUAGGUGGAUAAUAGCCUCGGCAUGAUUCCGUGAUCUGUAGCCUCCAGAAUCAAAAGAAAAUGGCAUUUCGGAAAAAUCGCCCGAAAUCUGUGAUGGUACCCUUUUGGAAUCUGCCAAAAAUUGAUCCGAAAUAAAUCUUCCUAAACCGGUGCUUAAUGCACCUAAUCAUCAAUGAAGAAUAGCCUCAGACCGAAUCCGUGAUCGGUAGCCUUCAAUAUCCAAAGAAAAUGGCCUUUCGUCGCCCAAAAAAUUAUGAAAAUAUCAUCCGAAAAUAAAUUGCCUUAAAUCUCUGCUUAAUGCACUUAUCAUUCGUGGAGAAUAGGAUCAAUAGACUUCAUUAUCGGUGGAGAAUAGCCUCGACCUGAUUCCGUGAUAUGUAGCCUCCAGAAUCGAAAGAAAAUGGCAUUUCAAAAAAAUUGCCCGAAAUCUGUGAUGGUACCCCUUUAGAAUAUGCCAAAAAAUUGACACGGAAUAAAUCCUCCCAAAUCGGUGCUAAAUGCACUUAAUCAUCGUUGAAGAAUAUCCUCAGGCUGAAUCCGUGAUAUGUAGCCUUCAAAAUCAAGAGAAAAUAGCCUUUCGUUGCCCAAAUAAUUACAAAUGCCAUCCGAAAAUAAUUAGGCCCAAAUCGCUGCUAAAUGCACUUAUCAUCCGUGGAGAAUAGGAUCAAUAGACUUCAUUAGAAUAUCCUCAGGCUGAAUCCGUGAUCUGUAGCUUUCAAAAUCCAAAGAAAAUGGUCUUUCGUCGUCCAAAAAUUACAAAAAUGUCAUCGAAAAUAAAUUGGCCCAAAUCGGUGUUAAUCUACUUAUCAUCCGUGGAGAAUAGGAUCAACAGACUUCAUUAUCGGUGGAGAAUAGCCUCGGCCUGAUUCCGUGAUCAGCAGCCUCCAUAAUCAAAAGAAAAUAGCAUUUCGGAAAAAUCGCUCGAAAUUUGUGAUGGUACCUGUCACGUGUGGCAGAUGACAUGGCGCCAACAAGGUGACAACAUGGCAGCAGCACAUGUGGCAUGCAUGGAAGACUAGUAGCAUAGAGAUGCUCCUAGGAUUCUCCACCUAAAUGAGAGCUUAAUGGUGCACUUAUGGGCUACAUUAUGGGUAGCAUUAUUAGAGUGCAUUAUGGGGGGACUUUAUGGGGUGUAUUGAUGUAGAGGGACCAUUAUGAGGGGGCAUUGAUGCCUUGUAUGUGGAGAGGCCUAUAUAAGGAGCCAUCUCCCUCACUUGUAACUCAUUCCAUCAUUUUUUAGAGUAAUACACACUAGAGAGUUCUCCCACUUCCUUUGUCUUUGUUCUUGUUCUUUGCUUUCAAGUGAGUUGAGAGAAAGGCUGCCUAGCGCUCUAACGGAAUUGAGAGCUAGGGCCGCACGAUCAAGAGUAAGGUCGUGACAAGUGGUAUCAGAGCCUGGUUCGGCUUUGUGCUAGCAAAGUUGAACCUAGAGCCAGAAGGAAAGGAAGAACCUCACCAAAAAUGUCGGGAUCAGAAGUUCACGACGAUGAGAAGCAUCGUGGAAGGGAUGCCGUGAAGAAUACCAAACCAAAGGGUGAGAAGUCAAGCACUCGUGAUCCUAUGACGUCUCUAGAGAGGCGUGUCUCUAGAAUGGAGGUGAAGUUGGCAGAAGACAUCAGUGCCAUCGAGGAUUUGGGAGCAAACUUCACCCAAGUCGAAAGCGAUUUUCAAGGUAUGAAUGCUCGUUUGUCGAGCUUGGAGAUUGGUAGUGAUGGCUUACGAGAAGAGCUUGUGGCCCUCAUCAACAACACCAUCACCACAUCCUUGAACAACGCUAUCGGAGUUGUGAAAGAGCAAGUCCAGGCUGAGCUGGUCGGCGUGAAGGAGGAGAUUGCAGAUCUCAAGAGUGAGGUCACUCUCGUGAAGAGAGCCAUGGCUAGCGGACCAGCCACGGUGCAAUCCGUCCCACGUGCUGAUAUUCCAAGACCGAAGAGCUUCGGAGGUUCACGGAAUGCGAGGGAGUUAGAGAACUUCCUUUGGAGUCUUGAGCAAUAUUUCAAGGCGUCCGGCAUCCAAGAGGAUGAGGUAAAGAUUCGUACCGCUCCACUUUACUUGGUUGAUGUUGCCAUGGUGUGGUGGAGGCGACGUGAAGCGGACGUCGAAAGAGGUACUUGUGUGAUGGUAACGUGGGAAGAUUUCAAGAGAGAAAUCAAGAAGCAGUUCUACCCAGAGAACGUGGAGUUUGAAGCCCGUUCGAAGUUGAGAAGACUCACCCAGAGGGGUGGAGUUCGAGAAUACGUGAAAGAAUUCUCGGAGCUGCUUCUAGAGAUCCCGGACAUCACGGACAAGGAGGCCAUGCACGGCUUUCUUGAUGGGCUGCAACCAUGGGCCAAGAUGGAGAUGCAACGUCGAGGAGUGCAAGACCUUGCAACUGCCAUGGCCACGGCAGAGUCUUUUGUCGAGUACAAACGACAAGAGAGCAGCGGCAGAGAGAAGAGUUCGAAGCCCAACAAGGGUGGAGAACAGCAGAAGCCUUUCAAGGAGGGUUCUCGCACUCAACAACACCAAGGUAGUUCAAGCAAAGGGGGUAAGUACGAGCCAAAACCCAUGACUUGCUUCCUUUGCGACGGACCACAUCGAGUGCGAGAUUGCCCAAGGAAGGCGAGAUUGGCAGCCAUGGAAGCUCAAGAUGAGGAGCCCAAGGCGGCGGAGGCCAAGAUUGGCUCAAUCCGCAAGCUUGGCGCGGUGAAGACCGACGUCAAGGAGAGCAAGCGGGGGAGGUGCUAUGUUCUGGCGCAAUUCAUGCAAGGCGAGUCAAAAGCCUUGGUGGAUACCGGUGCCACGGACAACUUUCUUCGCGUCGAGGAGGCAAACCGGCUGGGUAUUGCCUACGAGAAGGGGCAAGGGAGGCUCAAGACGAUCAAUUCGGAGUCCAUCCCGAUCCAUGGAGUUGCUCACAACGUACCAAUGAAGCUUGGCGAGUGGGAAGGCCUCAUCGACUUUUCCGUCGUCACCAUGGACGAUCACCCAGUCAUCCUCGGCAUCCACUUCCUCGACAAGGAGGGAGUGCUUUUGAAGCCCAACUCCAACACGAUGUGCUUGGAGAAGGAAGGGGAGUUCCAUGCGGUUCAUCUCUUGAGAGAAGAUGGUCCCCAUAGUGCUCUAUCGGCCAUGCAAGUGGUGAAGGGGUUCAAGAAGAAUGAACCAACCUUUCUUGUGUCCUUGAAGAUGGAGGAAGAAGGAGGCUCAACGGGAAUCACAACUCCCAUCAUCGAAGGUGUCCUCGAAGAGUUCGAUGAUGUGAUGCCAUCGGAGUUGCCCAAGAAGCUACCACCAAGAAGGGAGGUGGACCACAAGAUCGAGUUGGAGCCAGGAGCGAAGCCCCCUUCGCGAGCACCAUACCGCAUGUCGCCACCGGAGUUAGAAGAAUUGCGGAGGCAACUCAAGGACUUGGUGGACGCAGGCUACAUGCGGCCAUCGAAGUCACCUUUUGGAGCACCGGUGCUGUUUCAAAAGAAGAAGGAAGGGUCGUUGCGGAUGUGCAUCGACUAUAGAGCCAUCAACAAGUUGACGGUGAAGAACAAGUGGCCGAUUCCCAACAUUGCCGACUUGUUCGACCAGCUUGGAGAUGCAAUGUGGUUCACCAAGCUAGAUCUUCGCUCGGGCUACUAUCAAGUGCGGAUAGCAGAGGGCGACGAGCCAAAGACGGCUUGUGUGACGAGGUAUGGCUCUUACGAGUUUCUUGUGAUGCCAUUCGGUCUCACCAACGCACCAGCCACGUUUUGCACUUUGAUGAAUCAAGUGUUCGAGCCAUUCUUGGACCGGUUUGUCGUGGUCUACUUGGAUGACAUCGUCGUGUAUAGCAAAACACUCGAUGAGCAUGCCGAGCAUCUACGCCAAGUCUUCCAAGUCCUUCGCGACAACGAGUUGUACGUCAAGAGGGAGAAGUGCACAUUUGCCGCCACGGAAGUUCCAUUCUUGGGGCACGUCAUUGGUGGAGGCAAGUUGAAGAUGGAUGGAGCGAAGGUGCAGGCAAUCCAAGAAUGGGAGCCGCCGACGAAGGUGCCAGAGUUGCGGUCAUUCCUCGGCCUUGCCAACUACUAUCGGAGGUUUAUCAAGGGCUACUCCAACAUUGCAGCACCCUUGACGGAUCUCUUGAAGAAGAACAAGGCGUGGGAUUGGUCGGAAAGGUGCCAAGAAGCGUUCGAGGCCUUGAAAGCAGCGGUGAUAAAGGAGCCCGUGCUCGUGCUCCCCAACCCGACGUUGGCCUACGAAGUGCAGACCGAUGCAUCCGACUUUGCAAUUGGGGGCGUGUUGAUGCAAGAAGGGCAUCCCAUUGCCUUCGAGAGUCGGAAGCUCAGCGAGACGGAGAGGCGGUACACCGUCCAAGAGAAGGAGAUGACGGCCGUGGUGCAUUGCUUGCGCACAUGGAGGCACUAUUUGUUGGGGUCAAAGUUCGUAGUGAAGACGGACAACGUGGCAACGAGCUACUUUCUGACGCAGAAGAAGCUCACCCCUAAGCAAGCAAGGUGGCAAGACUUUUUGGCCGAGUUCGACUUCGUCAUGGAGUACAACCCAGGCAAGGCGAAUUCCGUUGCCGAUGCUCUUAGCCGCAAGAGUGCAGCCGCAAGCAUCAGCCAGCCCACGUUUCCUUUGAAAGAGCGGAUCGUUGAAGGCCUUGGCCAUGACCCCUUCGCCAAAACCGUAGCGGAGUACAUUGAGCAAGGUAAAACUCGGCGGUUUUGGAUGAAGGAUGGACUCAUCAUGACCAAGGGAGAGCGGAUGUUCGUGCCAAGAUGGGCCAACUUGAGGAAGGAGAUCAUGAAGGAGUGCCAUGAUUCCAAGUGGGCGGGCCAUCCCGGCAUCGAGAGAACGCAAGCGCUCAUCGAAGAAGCAUAUUUCUGGCCGCGUAUGAGAGACGACGUGGAGAUGUAUGUGAAGACUUGUCUUGUGUGCCAACAAGACAAGAUGGAGCAGAGAAGCCCAGCAGGCUUGCUAGAGCCCUUGCCCACGCCUCAACGACCAUGGGAGAGUGUGAGCAUGGACUUCAUCAUCGGACUUCCCAAAGUCGAUGGAUGCGGUUGCAUCAUGGUUGUGGUGGACAGAUUCUCAAAGUAUGGAGUGUUCAUUCCUGGGCCAAAAGACUUAACGGCGGAGGAUGCGGCACGGCUAUUCUUCAAGAACGUGGUCAAGUAUUGGGGCAUUCCUAGCAGCAUCGUGAGCGACAGAGAUGGGCGCUUCACGGGUAGAUUUUGGCGAGAGUUGUUCAAGAUCAUGGGCUCAAACUUGAACUUCUCGACGGCGUUUCAUCCUCAAAGCGACGGACAGACGGAGCGGGUGAAUGCCUUGUUGGAAGUGUACUUGCGGCACUACGUGAGUGCAAACCAACGAGAUUGGGUGAAGUUGAUGGACACGGCACAGUUCUCCUACAACUUACACCGCAGCGAGUCGACCAACACAAGUCCAUUCGAGUUGGCGACGGGGCAGCAACCUUUGACACCUACGACGGUGGCAACGGGGUAUAGAGGCAACAGUCCGGCGGCCUACAAGUUCGCUAAAGGUUGGCACGAGAAGAUGGAGAUGGCCAAGUCUUACUUAGCCCGCGCUAGUAAGAAGAUGAAGAAAUGGGCGGACAAGAAGCGGCGGCACUUGGAGUUCGAAGAGGGAGACAUGGUGAUGGUCAAGUUCUAUCCUCAUCGCUUCAAGCAUCUCAAGAGCGUGCACAAGGGACUGCUUCGCCGCUAUGAAGGGCCAUUCCCCAUCGUGAAGAGGAUUGGCAAUGUGGUAUACAAGGUAGAGCUGCCGACGCACUUGGAGAUCCAUCCGGUCUUUCAUGUGAGCCAACUCAAACCUUACCACGAAGACAAGGAGGACGAGCAGCGAAGGGAGCCGCAGCGCGCACCAACACUCGUCACCAAGACACACGACCAUGAAGUCGAAGAAAUCAUGGCGCGUCGUGUCAUUCCUCGUCGCGGCGUACAUCCAAGCUUUGUGGAGUACUUAGUCAAGUGGCGCAACCUUCCGGAGAGUGAAGCAACAUGGGAGAAAGAGCUCACGCUUUGGAAGAACAAGGACUUGAUCGAGGCAUUCCAUCAAGAGGACGCGACGAGGGCGUCGCGAGCAUAGGUGGGGGAGGAUGUCACGUGUGGCAGAUGACAUGGCGCCAACAAGGUGACAACAUGGCAGCAGCACAUGUGGCAUGCAUGGAAGACUAGUAGCAUAGAGAUGCUCCUAGGAUUCUCCACCUAAAUGAGAGCUUAAUGGUGCACUUAUGGGCUACAUUAUGGGUAGCAUUAUUAGAGUGCAUUAUGGGGGGACUUUAUGGGGUGUAUUGAUGUAGAGGGACCAUUAUGAGGGGGCAUUGAUGCCUUGUAUGUGGAGAGGCCUAUAUAAGGAGCCAUCUCCCUCACUUGUAACUCAUUCCAUCAUUUUUGAGAGUAAUACACACUAGAGAGUUCUCCCACUUCCUUUGUCUUUGUUCUUGUUCUUUGCUUUCAAGUGAGUUGAGAGAAAGGCUGCCUAGCGCUCUAACGGAAUUGAGAGCUAGGGCCGCACGAUCAAGAGUAAGGUCGUGACAUACCCCUUUGGAAUCUGCCGAAAAUUGACCCGGAAUAAAUCCUCCCAAAUCGGUGCUUAAUGGACCUAAUCAUCGUUGAAGAAUAGCCUCAUGCCGAAUCCGUGAUUUGUAGCCUUCAAAAUCCAAAGAAAAUGUCCUUUCGUCGCCAAAAAAUUACGAAAAUGCCAUCCGAAAAUAAAUUGGCCUAAAUUGGUGCUUAAUGCACUUAUAACAAGUGGAGAAUAGGAUAAAUAGACUUCAUUAUAGAUGGAGAAUAGCCUCGUCCUGAUUCUGUGAUCAGUAGCCUCCAGAAUAGAAAGAAAAUGGCAUUUCAAAAAAAUUGACCGAAAUCUGUGAUGAUACCCAUUUAGAAUCUGCCAAAAAAUUGACACGGAAUAAAUCCGCCCAAAUCCGUGCUAAAUGCACUUAAUCAUCGUUGAAGAAUAGCCUCAGGGCGAAUCCGUGAUCUGUAGCCUUUAAAAUCCAAAGAAAAUGGUCUUUCGUCGCCCAAAAAAUUACGAAAAUGUCAUCCGAAAAAAUUUGGCCCAAAUCGGUGCUUAAUUCACUUAUCAUACGUGGAGAAUAGAAUCAAUAGACUUCAUUAUAGGUGGAGAAUAGCCUCGGGCUAAUUCCGUGAUCUGUAGCUUCCAGAAUCGAAAGAAAAUGGCAUUUCGGAAAAAUCGCCUAAAAUCUGUGAUGGUACCCCUUUGGAAUCUGCCAAAAAUAGACGUGGAAUAAAACCGCCCAAAACGAUGAUUAAUGGACUUAAUCAUCUUGUCGAAUAGCCUCAGGCCGAAUUCGUGAUCUAUAGCCUUCAAAAUCCAAAGAAAAUAGCCUUUCGUCGCCCAAAAAAUUACGAAAAUUCCAUCGAAAAUAAUUUGGCCCAAAUCGGUGCUUAAUGCACUUAUCAUCCGUGGAGAAUAGGAUCAAUAGACUUCAUUAUAGUUGGAGAAUAGCCUCGUCCUGAUACCGUGAUCUGGAGCCUCCAGAAUCGAAAGAAAAUGGCAUUUCGAAAAAAUUGACCGAAAUCUGUGAUGGUACCCCUUUAGAAUCUGCCAAAAAAUUGACCCGGAAUAAAUCCGCCCAAAUCGAUGCUAAAUGCACUUAAUCAUCGUUGAAGAAUAUCCUCAGACCGAAUCCGUGAUCUGUAGCCUUCAAAAUCAAAAGAAAAUGGUCUUUCGCCGCCAAAAAAUUACGAAAAUGCCAUCAAAAAUAAAUUGGCCCAAAUCGGUGUUAAUGCACUUUUCAUCCGUGGAGAAUAGGAUCAAUAGACUUCAUUAUCGGUGGAGAAUAGCCUCGGCCUGAUUCCGUGAUCUGUAGCCUCCAGAAUCGAAAGAAAAUAGCAUUUCAGAAAAAUCGCUCGAAAUUUGUGAUGGUACCUCUUUGGAAUCUGCCAAAAAUUAACCCGGAAUAAAUCCUCCCAAAUUGGUGCUUAAUGGACCUAAUCAUCGUUGAAUAAUAGCCUCAGAUCCAAUCCGUGAUCGGUAGCCUUCAAAAUCCAAAGAAAAUAGCCUUUCGUCGCCCAAAAAAUUACUAAAAUACCAUCCGAAAAUAAAUUGCCUUAAAUCGG